UCCAAAAUCUAUGAAACAUGGAAGCAGCUGCAACAAUAAUCACAGUGGUGGUCAUCUUGUGCUGGCUCCAAUUCUCAUCGGUGGAAUGCCACUGGAGGUUACGGAAUCCACGACAACCCAACCAAACAGAGGCCAGCACACGACCACAGGGGACCCUACUUCAGUGCAACGACAAAUUACAGGACAGAUUCUACAGGAACACUUGCCCCCAAGCGGAGAACAUUAUCGCUAAAUCUGUUUACGAUGCCGUCCUCGUCCAGCCAGGGUUAGCUGCGGGCCUUAUUCGCCUUCAUUUUCAUGACUGCUUCGUCAACGGGUGUGAUGCCUCCAUCCUCUUGGACACAACCCCUUCUGGGGAGCCUGUAGAGAAGACAUCACGGGCCAAUGUGUUUGCCAGUCAAAUCUUUAAAUACAUUGACCGACUCAAGGCAGAUAUUGAGCGCGAAUGCCCCGGGGUUGUGUCUUGCGCCGACAUAUUAGCCUAUGCAACACGCGAAGCUGUUAAGGAAGAGGGUCUCCCCUAUUACCUAGUCCCAGGUGGGCGCCGUGAUGGUCUGUCUUCUUCUGCUAGCAACGUAGCUGGUAACAUCCCUUCUCCAAACGAGUCCUUAAAAAAUAUGACACAAAUCUUCCUGAGGAAAGGCUUGUCCAUAGAAGAUAUGGUUGUUCUAUUUGGUGCACACUCAAUUGGCCAUACGCACUGCAGAAGCCUCUUCAAUAGACUAUACAAUUACAGCUCAACUCAAGCCCAAGACCCCAGCAUGGACUUCGCACACUCUCUCUAUCUCAAGGGCCUGUGCCCCAAGGCAGGGCCAUUGUUUCAAGAGGUGAUAGACAAGGUAAUGGUGCCACUUGAACCCAUCACACCAUCGAGGCUGGAUACCCUUUACUACACCCAGCUGUUGAAAGGGGAAGGGGUGCUCCAGACAGAUCAGGCGUUGACUAAUAAUCCCACCACCAAUGAGAUUGUAAAGAGAUUCUCUCAAAAUCCAUUGGAGUGGGGCGCUAGAUUCACUAGUGCCAUGAUUAACCUUGGAAAGGUGGAUGUGCUUACAGGACAAGAAGGGGAGAUCAGGAGAAACUGUAGGGCCGUAAAUUAAUGGGUAUGGUUUUGGAAUUUG